AUGGAAAGUUCGAGUUCGACUUUGAACAAUGGAAAGGUCGUGGAGAUUGUGUUCUUUGAUUUAGAGACUACAGUACCGAACAUAAUUGGACAGAAAUUCAGGGUAUUGGAGUUCGGUGCCAUCAUAGUUUGUCCUCGGAAACUCGUGGAGAUCGAGAGCUAUUGCACGCUAAUUAGGCCUCAGGACUUAUCUGUUGUCGCAUCAAGGUCUGCCCGAUGUGAUGGAAUAACACGCGAUACAGUUGCUAAUGCGCCGUCAUUUGAGGAAGUUUCGGACAAGAUUUUCAGCAUUUUGAAUGGUAGAAUUUGGGCAGGUCAUAACAUUCAAAGAUUUGAUUGUGUUCGUAUUAGGGAGGCCUUUGCUGAGAUUGGUAGGCCUGCACCAGUCCCUGUUGGGAUCAUUGAUUCAUUGGGAGUCUUGACUGCGAAAUUUGGUAAAAGAGCUGGAAAUAUGAAGAUGGCAACAUUGGCAUCUUACUUUGGUCUUGGCCAGCAAAAACACAGGAGUUUGGAGGAUGUAAGAAUGAAUUUGGAAGUCUUGAAGCAUUGUGCAACUGUCCUAUUCUUGGAAUCAAGCCUCCCAAGUGCUCUGAAUACACAAUGGCACAGCAGUCUUGGUGUAACAACAAGAAGCAGAAGUCUACAGCAAUCUAGCCUCCAAUGGAGCAAAUCUCCAGAAAUUACAGGAAGGUUUAGUCAAGGAAAAUCAAUGUGCAGAGAAGAAACUAGCCGGAAAUCACCUCCAUCGACCUCUCUUUCCUGCAAGAGAGCUGUUCCAUAUGGAAGGGAAAGUCUCGGAAAGGUGACAGCAGGAGUAAAGAAGCUAUUAUGCAAUGCCAGAAGGCCACCUAUCAACAAUUUGCUGAAGCUUUCUCAAUCGUUUCUUCGAUGA